UUGAUUAAUUUUCUGAAAAAUAAUUAAUCAUCCAUUAAUUUGAUGACCACAGCGGGAGCGGGAGCGGCGGAGACGAACCGUGCGUGGGGAGAGAAGUGUUCGAGAUCAGACAUAGUGGUGAACCAGGGACCGACGUCUCCACUGCCGAAUGGGAUCCCAACGUAUACGGUGGAGAUAGUUAACGCGUGCUCCACGGGUUGUGAAAUCUCGGACAUUCACGUCAGUUGCGGCUGGUUCAGCUCCGCUCGCCUCAUCAAUCCAAAGCUGUUCAAACGGCUCCACCAUGACGACUGCCUCGUCAACGACGGAAAGCCCCUCCCAAACGGCGCCAUCCUCUCCUUCAAGUACGCCAACUCUUUCCCUUACCCACUCGCCGUCUCUUCCGUCGUCUGCGGCGGUUGA